AUGGACUCACGCUCGAAAUGGAAGGCUACAGCUUUGCUGAUUUGUCUCACCACAGAAUUAGCCCACUGUCUCCCGCCUGUGGGAAAUGUGGUAGAAGCUGCUCUACAGAAUACAGCUGCCGGGCCUGCAAGCGCCUUUGAGACUCAAUAUCCACCUUCCAACAGUGAAAGCAGGCUUCUGAUUCCCGAGUCCAAACCAGUGUAUCGAGUGGCUUUAGAACAAGACGGCCAUUCAUCAGAGCAGCCGUUUCCACAAUUUGACGUUGGACAGUUUAUUAACGGCUUGGAAGAUUUGCUGGGUGAAGAAGAUAAUACUGAUCGUGCACCAGAACCUGUUGCGACAGAGCAGUCUACUGAUACAGGAAGCCCAGAUCCUGUCCAAGCGACAACUACAGCACAACUGCCUGAAACCUCAGCGCCAAUUGCUACAACUGGAUCUGUGACAGACUCACCGCAGGCUGAACCAAGUACCACAGUGGUGCAAGAACCCGUUCCCACGGAUCCUUCACACGAGGUUGAAUCAGAUAAUCCUGAAGCUAUGAACGGCCAAGAUAUCUUCCAGCCAGUUGGCACUGGUCCUGUGCCUGCUAAUAUCCAGUCUCGAAGUGACCACCCUGUGCAGAACCAGCACGCCAAUACCAAAGACCCUAUUGCGACGAAUAAGUUCUACGCCGGUCUUUUCCUAGGCACUCAGACCAAUGCUACCUUCGCUCAGCCCUACUCUCUAUCAUGGUCCAAGGGAGGCGGCACCCUGAAGAGCUGGGGUAUGUCUGUCUCCCAUAUCCAGCCUCACAUGCUCGCAUAUGGACCUAAGAGCGAGAAGAUUCCCGGAAACCCAGUGCAGUACUACAUCAACCCAGUCGGUCUUCAGCAUCUGAUUUUCUCUGCGGCUGAGCUUGAUCAGUCUUCCAUUAUGAAGAUCGAACAGCCAAAGGCUUUCUCGGCCCACGCUGUCAUCAAGCGCUCCGAAGGCUCAGCUCAGCAGAUUACCUUCCCCGUUGUGCAAGGCAUGGGCUACACAACAGCUGUAUACAAGGAUCUACAGCCCGUGAUUGAAAGUGGUGUUUUCUUCCGCAAGGUCGUCAGCGCCGGUUCACCUAGGCCCGGCAUCUUCAAGUCCCAGGUUUACCUUGAGGAUGACACGAGCUGGCUUCUAUAUGCCACACCGGCUGAUGGCAAGGAUCCGAAGUUCAAGCUAGUCUCAAAUUCCACUCUUCACGGUCCCCAGGGCUUCUCUGGUACUAUCCAAGUCGCAAAGAACCCCGCGGGCAAGUCUGGCGAGAAGUUCUAUGAUAAUUCAUCUGGUGUCUACCCUGUAUCAGGAGAGGUCUCUGGCUCUGUCACAGGUGAUGUAGGCAACUACAGGCUCACUUGGACCAAGGCCGGAAAGGAUGUCAAAGGUACACCUCUGAUCAUGUUCGCCCUACCCCAUCACGUCCAGUCCUUCGACGGUGCCACCAAGGGCCGUAUCACCGAUAUUCACCUUCGCACCACAACAAAGGGCAACUCCACUGCCGUGAUCGGAGAAACCUGGACCAUGGUCCAAGAAAACCUCCCCGUGGAUAUCGGAUUCGCCCCGUGGUCAACCACCCAGGGCAGUGUCCACGAGCUAUCAGCCGCGGCCCGACAUGCCAUCAUCGAGGCUGCUCCCAAGGAGCUCCAGCAGAACAUUUCCGAGCAGACAGCUCUCAACAGCAUGUACUACAGCGGCAAGGCGUUGAGCAAAUUCGCCACACUAGUAUACACGGUUAACCAGCUCGGCAAGAACGCCGAUCUAGCAGCCGACGCCUUCCAAAAGCUGAAGAAAUCCUUCGAUCUAUUCGUGCAGAAUAAGCAAGAAAACCCGCUUGCCUACGACGCCGUCUGGAAGGGCGUUGUCUCGACCGCCGGCUACAACGGCGAUUUGAACCAGGACUUCGGAAACACCGCGUACAACGACCACCACUUCCAUUAUGGCUACUUCAUCCAAACAGCGGCCAUCAUCGGCUCUCUUGAUCCAAGCUGGCUGGCCGCGAACAAAGAGUGGGUGAACAUGCUUGUUCGUGACGCUGGUAACUCUAUUGGAAAUGAUCCGCACUUCCCAUUCUCGCGCUCAUUCGAUUGGUAUAACGGACACUCCUGGGCGAAGGGGUUAUUCGAGUCAUUCGAUGGGAAGGACCAGGAAUCUACGUCGGAAGAUACCAUGUUCGCAUACGCGAUCAAGAUGUGGGGAAAGACGACCGGCGAUGCGAGCAUGGAAGCUCGUGGCAAUAUGAUGCUAGGCAUUCUGGGUCGAUCUCUCAAUAACUACUUCUUGAUGGAAAAUGAUAAUGCCAACCAGCCGGCAAACUUUGUCGCGAACAGGGUCACUGGAAUUCUAUUCGAGAACAAGGUCGAUCACACUACUUACUUCGGUGCCAACCUCGAAUUCGUUCAAGGUAUCCACAUGCUACCGCUCAUGCCACACUCUCCCUUCACACGACGAAAGGAGUUCGUGAGCCAGGAAUGGCAGGCAAUGUUCGCUGAAAGUGCAACCAACCCGGCCUCAAAGGUUGACGGUGGAUGGAGAGGUGUGCUAUACGCCAACCUUGCUCUCAUCGAUCCGAAAGCGUCAUGGAAGUUCUUUACCCAGCCGAAUUUCGACUACAGCUGGAUUGAUGGCGGUGCUACGCGUACUUGGUAUCUAGCCUUUGCUGCUGGUCUUGGUGGUGCUCCUUAG